AUGACUUUCAAGUAUUAUGAAUUUUGCAAUAGGGUCAUUGAUAUUGCGGAUUUUGAGUCAUGGGAAGUCACUGUUUGGGAGUAUCAAAGUUUAAUUGCUGCUGCAUCUCAAAUGUCUAAGAAAAUGAAUGUCAUCCAGUCAUUUAGAACAACGAUCCGAAAUCCUGAGAAAUUGUCUGUUCUAGCGUUCGAUUCCCUCUAUGAGUGGCUUAAUGAAUGUGCUGAAAAACAUGAAUUUGACGUCAAUUUUGAAUUGGGUGAGGAUUGCAUCAACAUGAUGGUUUACUUCCUUCGUUGUUCUGGAAGUCAUAAACUCAAGUCAGAGGCAAUACAGUUUAUAUUGAAAGCAUUUGAACAUUUUCCACACUUGGUCGACACAUUCAUCGCUCAUGGCUUCACAUCUCCAUUCCUCACUGUUAUCAAGAAUCUCUUUCUGUUUGACGAGUGUCAUACCGAUUGGUAUCCAAUUAUUAUGACUACACGCUAUGCUGUUAUGAUGUCAUCUGAAUUCCGCGACAAAAUCGUCCAUGCUGGCAUUAUCGAGUGCAUUAUUCCAAAUUGUAAGAAAUACAUGUUUUCUGUCUCGUUGUUCGUUGGAUCUUUAUUUCCUCCGUUCUGUGCUGCACAGCCUGCAGACGUUUUCAAGCACUUCUUGCCACUUUUUGAGUAUUUCUUAAAGAUUGAUGAGAUUCAGUAUGCGAAUCUUGUUGUCAGUUGCAUUAUGACGACACUUAUGGAUAAUGAUCAUGUGGAUAUGAUUAUGGGACAUGAAUUUAUGGUCUGUUUAGAGAAUUUGAGGGAUUUAAAUGUCAAGCGCAUCUCACGGAACGCUAUGAAGUUUGUGAAUGAAGUAAAUGUUGUUUCCUUGUUGGAUGGAGCUUGGUGGAUGUUUGAUGAGCAGUAAGCUCUUAUUAUGGAUUAUUAAGAUAGAUUUUUGUACCAAAAUGAUUGAUUUUAUUGCGACGUGAAGUUUAUCGCCAGUCUGGAUUGCAAUUCCUUCUGUGAUUGAAGAGAAUCUCAUCUUAAGUAUUUAUAAAUUAAUUAAAAAUCGUGCAUGAUUAAAUUUAUUAGCCAUUAAAGUUGUUGCAUGGUGAAUCAAUAUUUUAUUAUUAAGAAAGAAAUGAUCGCAGAU